AUGCUUCGAUUACGUUUUCAUGCAUCAUGGUUACCAAUUGAUCAUAAUCAAUUUUGGACAAUUAUUGAUUGUACAACAAAUAUAAAAACAAUAAAUGAUUUAAUUGAAUAUUUUAAUCAACAACAAAAAUCUCUUGCUAAUUAUUAUCAAUUUCAUUUAUCAAAACGUUCAACAAAAUUAAAAUAUCUUAAAGCAUUUAUUAAUGAUUGUAUUUUACCACCAAAUGCUCAAGCAAAUUUAAUACUUCGUGAUAAUGAUGAAAUUGAUUUUCGUUUAGAAAUCGAUGCACAAAAUGAAUGGCUUCUUAUUAAAUCACCUCCAACAUUAAAAAGAAAACGAUCUAUUGAAGAAGAAAUUCCUUCAAAUGAUCUUGAUCAUAUUCUUCGAAAAAUAGCUCAACCAACAACAAUUAGAUCACCUGAAAAAAUUUCUUUUUCAUUUCAAUUUGGUAAUAAACGUGGUCGUCCUAUUCCACCACGUCCACAAGUCAUUUCAGCUACCAAAAUUAAUUCAUUAAUUCCACGACAAGUAACAAAAAAUAGAAAAUAA